AAAUUUAUUUUUGCCAUAUGUGAAUUUCUAUAAGAGAUGUCAAUGAUCAGUGAACAGGCUAACUUGGAGGCAAAACAUCUCUACCAGCUCACAGGCUGCAUGUCUGCAGCAGAAUUGCGGCAGAGGCAAGAGAUGAUAAUGAUGAGAAAUCAAAUGAUGCCUGUCAACCCUCAAGUUGUGGUGCCAAACCAGCAGAGGAUGCCAAUGAUGUCAACUCAGUUUGAACCACGAUUGUUAGAAAGAGGAGAAAUGUUACCCUCCAAUGAUCUGGUCCUCUCCAAUGACACAAGACAAAUGCACUUGGCUUCACACUUUGGUUCCCCGGGUCCUGCUCAUACAAGUGUCAUGUCUAACAGAGCUUUCUCAAGCCCAGGUUACAACAACUUUCUACACACAGAGCCUUUGGAUUUUGUGGCCAGGAGACAGGAACUGUUGCAGAAACAAAAUAUGAGCAGGAUGGACAUGGAAAUGAAUGCUAUAUAUCACCAGAGAGAGGUGGACAGGGCCCAGAAGAAAAGCUAUGUGGAUAUAGAUUCACCAUUUCUCUACCACACAUUGCCAUCCAACCCAGUAGCUUUUAGAGGCAGGCAGAUGGGGCCUGAAGGCCAGCUCCCCUCUGAUUUGUUUGUCCAUCGCAACGCUUUGGAGAUCCUUCAUGGUAGCACAGUAUUAAAGACUGCCAGCCCCUAUCCUCCCAUGAACAGUUUGCAAAGAGAAAGAGCCCGCAGACCAGGUCGAAGAGCUGGCAAUCAAAAGAUUGCAGAAAACAUAGGUGUGCCGAAGAUCCAGGCAGAAAAUAAAUCUCAUCCCUCCCCUAUCACUGCUGAGGAGGAUAAAAAAGGAGAGGAAACAGAGACGAUUAGUAGAUGUGACCAAGUGAAAGCAAAUACUGAAUCUGCAGUGGACAAGAAUGUGUUGGAAAUCCAAGACAGGCAGGAGAAGACAAACCAUUCCACUCCAACAGAGACCAACAGAGGCAGGACAGCUGCUGACAAAGAGCUUAACAAUCCUGGGACAGCAUUUGAGGACAGAUACAUGUACCAGUCUCCUGUUCAUCUCUCAGCAAGUCCAUACAGUUUUCCAGUAACCAUGAAUCCAUCACUUCUUCCAGGAGCACACAGCCUCUUCCUGAACAGAGAAGAUAAUCCAACUGUUCAAGAUAUUCAUAAAUGGACUUCUCAGGAUGUUUAUAACUUCGUCUCCAGCUUGCCAGGUUGUUCCACUUCAGCACAGGUUUUUAAAGACCAUGAUAUUGAUGGAUUAACCCUACCUUUACUCACUGAAGACCACCUAUUGGAUACUAUGGGGUUGAAGCUUGGACCUGCACUCAAAAUCCGAUCACAGAUUUGCUGUUGCUUGGGUAACAUGUUUCACAUGUCAAGCUUAUCUUUACCUGGCUCUGUGUCAUCUACGGCUCCAGUGACCUCAGACCAGCCGCCUGAAGUGAUGUCACCCUCCACGUGCAAUAACAACAGCAACACAGCACCAAGUCCAUGUGCUCAUGAUUCUGACACAUUAAAAGCUACCGAAUUACUGGCACCUGAAAAUAAAGAGAAUCCAAGUGAUUUGUCUUUGUUACAAAAUGAUUUUCAAAUUAAUUUACUAAAAAGUUGA